GGACUGCCCCUGGCCCCUUCCGACCUCCGAGCUCAGCACCUGCUCGACGCCAUGACCCCAGCCACUCGGGCGACGGUCACGGAGCUGCUCGCCGCAGCGUGCAAGAUGCGAGCCAACGGAGAGGCCCCGCGGGAGCUGGCGCCGCACCUGGCAGGAGCGAAGCUGGUGGCGUUAGAGGAAGACGACGGCGGUCUUCGGCCGAUCGCGGUCGGCGAGGUUCUGCGCCGCUUGACCAGCAAGGUGCUCUGCGAUCACGUCAAGGGUCGCGCGCGCCAGGUGCUCUGGCCGCUGCAGACAAGCUGCUGCAGCCCCCUGGGGGCCGAAGCCACCGUUCACGCCGUGCGCCAGCUGCGCGAGCGGAACGCAGACGAGGACGACAAGGUGCCGCUGAAACUCGACUUCGCAAACUCUUUCCACUCGCUGCACCGUGACCCCUCGUUGCGCGUUGUCCACGCACGCUUCCCGGAGCUGGGGCGCAGGAGCGAGCAGGCGCUGCAGACCUGGACCUAUGCGCCUUCCUACCUGGGCGACGGCUUCCUGGUGGGCUCGAAUGAAGCGGUGGCGCGAGCACUGGCGACGCUGCAGCGCCGCUGCCCUGAUUUGGGCCUGCUCCUCCACCUCGAGAAGCGCGAGCUCGUGGUCACCUGCGGACGCAGGCCGGGCGGCCUGGCGGACCUCUCCCCUGCGCCUCUCCUGGCGGACGCAGAGACGGGGGCCGACCGCGUUGUCCUCCGAUGCGGCUCCAAGCUCCUGGGGGCGCCUAUCGGGGCGAAUGACUACUGCGAGGCGCUCGCCCAGCGCCGCGCCGACAAGACGAAGCCCGCCCUGGAGGUGCUCGCCAACCUACGCCCCCAAGUGGGCCUCGCCCUCCUGUGCUACUGCGCGAGCUGCGCGAAACUCGUGUACAUCGCCCGCGCAGCGCCGUCUGCUCUCCUCUCGGAAGCGUUGCGCUGCUUCGACGACGGCCAGCGGCGCGCGCUGCCAGACCUGUUGGCAGCGGACCAGACGGGCGCGCAGUGGGAUCAGGCAGCAUCACACGCGCCCGGCGCUUACUUGGCCAGCCUCGCAGCCACGCGGCACCCGUGCUGCGACCUUGACCCGGCCUACACGCGGGCGCCGCGUAGCGCGGUUGCGCUGGAGGGGCAGGCGCUCCUGGCGCACAACGCCCUGCUGGCGCCAGCAGACGGCCUCGACCCGGCGGCGCUCGACAGGGCCACGCAAAAGCAGCUUUCCGCCGCGGUGGACGGACGCGGGCACCAGACUUUUCUGGCGGGCUCGGGGGCCGCAGACCGCGCUGACAUCGUUUCAAAGAUGCUGCCCGGCGCUCCACACUUCCUCGAGGCGCAGCCCAGCGAGCAGCUGGGGCUCCUUUUCGAACCCGAGGAAAUCGUGUGCGAGGUCAAACGCAGGCCCCUCAUGCCCGCGUGCGAAACUGAACAUUUCUGCCAUUGCCGCGAGGACGUCUGCGACCGCCGCAGUCGGCACGCAGGCCUAUGCGCGGAUCGCGUCCACCGGCACAACGGAGCAAGGAACGUGGUCGGCACCUUUGCCACCAGCGCGGGCGUCAACCCGACGCUCGAACAACCUGGCCUUCUACCGCCCCGCCCACACGACGUCCAGGUGAAUGGGCACCGGCCUGCGGAUGUCUACGUACCGUCCUGGUUCCAGGGGGCGAGUGCUGCCUUCGACUUCGCGGUGUCUUCGCUGGACAAGCAGGCCGCGUGUGUCCUGGCGUUCCACGAAGUGGGGCGCCCGGCGCAGGAGUAUGAGUUGGUCAAGAGGAGCCUCGACACAGAGCGGCAGUGCCAGCAGCAAGGGAUCGGGUUCAUCCCCCUCGUGGCGGAGCCCUCUGGAGAAUGGGGCCCGACUGGCGCCGACACUCUGCGCCGGCUAGCCCGGGCCAGUGACUGGAGACGAGGCGAAAGGCUGGGGGCGGGCGCAGCACGCCUGUUCCAGCGCUUGUCCGUGGCGAUCCGCCGGGCGACGGCGCGAGCAGUCCUGAGGAGGCACGCGGAGCUUUCCUCGGCUGGCGGAGCUAUGGCUGCCGCGCCUGGCUUGCUGGCAGAGUUGGGGGAG